AUGUCACUUCCGAUUUCCGGCAACCCGUCGACCGAGCUCGAAGGUCCUACAAACCUUGUAUCCAGAGUAAAGUCAAUAUUCCUAUCCUACCUUAGUACUCCAUUCCGUCGCACUUUAGUUUCCGUCGUAAUCCUUUUCCACGUAUUCCUCGUUUCAUACCUUACUCGUUCCCACAAUCUCGCUCUAUCCUUUUUAAGUAUCUCUUCGAAAACUUACGGCAGCUUGCCAAACAAAUUAGCCUGCGAUUCCCGUCGGAUUUACGUCUACGACGUCCCCCCAAUGUUCAACUACGAACUCAUAAACAGUUCCGACAAAAACGUGAACUACGGCUUCGGACCGGCGGCCAACGAGUUCGCCGGAAUCGUACCGGAGAGUAUUCUCCCGGCGUGGUACUGGACCGAUAUUCUUUCUGGCGAGGUGGUGUACCAUCGUCGGAUGCUCAAUUACAAGUGCCGAACCAUGGAGCCCGAAUCCGCUACAGCGUUCUACAUACCUUUUUAUGCUGGGCUCGCUCUGACAAAAUAUUUAUGGGGCAACCAUACAUGGAGAGAACGGGAUUGGCAGUGUGAGAUGUUGAUUAAGUGGGUCCAGCAACAGAAAUGGUGGAGUAGAUCCAACGGCUCUGAUCAUUUCAUCAUGCUUGGACGGGUGACAUGGGAUUUUCGACGGUUGAGAGAGGUUGAUGGCGACUGGGGGUCCAGCUUCAUCAAUAUGCCAGCGAUGCAGAACGUCAUCCGUCUAUCCGUCGAGGGAGACAUGUGGGACAAACUAGAAAUCUCUGUACCGUACCCGUCCAUGUUCCACCCCAGGUCAAAUUUCGAUAUCAUCGAGUGGCAGCGCUUCGUCCGGAGCCGUCGUCGGAACCACCUUUUCGCCUUCAUCGGCGACACUCGCAAACCAAUCCAGGACGAUUUCCAAGGGAUUUUACAGGAACAAUGCCUCACCGAGUCAACGAUGUGCCGCCACGUGGACUGCGGCCCGGAAAACUACAUCGAUGGGAAGACAACGGUUAUAUCAGCAUUGCUCAACUCCGAUUUCUGUCUUCAACCGAAAGGGGACGAGGGGUUUACACGACGGUUGAUUUUCGACUGCAUGGUUGCCGGUUCAAUACCGGUGUUUUUUUGGAGAGAGACGGUUUACUUUGAAUACGAGUUAUUCAUGCCGGUUGAACCUGAGAGUUACUCGGUUUUUAUAAAUUCUGAUGAUGUGCGAAACGGAACGGAUGUAAGGACAGUGUUGGAAGGGUACGGUAGAAUGGAAGUGGAAACAAUGAGAAAAAAAGUAGUAGAAUAUCUACCAAGAUUUGUGUAUACGAAACCGAGUCAAGGGUUGGAGAAAAUUAAAGAUGCUUUUGAUAUUGCUAUUGAGGGGAUGUUGAGCAAAUACAAAGCUCACAUGGAGAGGGGUAGGAUUGGGAAUUUGAAUGGAACAUGA